AUGCCUCACGCACCUAAAUCCAGCAUCAAGAAGGCCGAUAAGACAGUCGACGUCAAGGGUGCCAAGAACGGUGGCAAGCGUGUUGUCCCCGCCGAAAAGGCCCCUCGCUUUUACCCUGCCGAGGACGUCCCCCAGCCCAAGGUGUCGCGCAAGUCGCCCAAGGCCGCUUCCCUUCGCGCCUCCAUCACACCCGGCACUGUUGUCAUCUUGUUGGCUGGCCGUUUCCGCGGCAAGCGUGUGGUCGUUUUGAAGCAGCUUGAGAGCGGUCUCUUGCUCGUCACUGGCCCUUACAAGGUCAACGGUGUUCCUCUCCGCCGUGUCAACCAGGCCUAUGUCAUUGCCACCUCCACCAAGAUUGAUCUCUCCAACGUUUCGGUCGAUGCCAAGUUCAACGAUGCCUACUUUGGCAAGUCUGGCAAGAAGGCUGACAAGGAGUUCCUUGAGGGUGCCGAGCAAAAGAAGGCUGCCCUUCCCGAGUCCAAGGUCGCUGACCAGAAGGCUGUUGACAAGGCCAUCGUUGAUGCCGUCUCCAAGACUCCCUUCCUUGCUCAGUACUUGGGCUCCUCUUUCGGUUUGUCCAAGGGCCAGUUCCCCCACGCCAUGAAGUUCUAA